AACAACAGCGCCUCCCCAAGCGUUACUACAAUCCGGCUUCGCUGUACUCUACGCGCACCUGGAGAUCCGCGUAACGACGCGCAGCAUCUGCUGACGUCCGGACAUUGCGCGCGGUCCGAGCAUUCUUGAAGGUGCGUUUUGCUCAGCAUCACCGCCGCGAGAUCCAGAGAGGCAGGCAGCCUCCCGGAAGAUAAAAAUCUCAGGCUGCGCGAUGCACGAGACGGGGAACGUUACGAUCGACACGCAUCGUGGGAGCGUAAUAUUGUGGAAUCAGGUCGUUGUGUAAACUUCACGCACAAACUGCUUGGGAUGACAGACAGGGGUGCCAUUGCUCUCCGGUGACAAGUGGACUGUUUUUACACCAUCCUUCUAAAUAAGGAAGCAGGGCUGUCAGACAUAUGACCACCGUCCCGAUUUGGGCGCUGCCAGAGUGCCCAUCGCAUCCCAUGAUCGCGCGCAAGCCGUCCAAUAAGGCUCAGCAUGCGACCCCCAUUUCACACGUGGAGUGACAGCAGCGACCCAUCAUCAUCAGUCCGGCCAGUUCUUCCUCGCCGCUCGCAACUUUCUCUCUCACUCUCUCUCCUCCCCCCUCCCCUAAUAUGAUGUCAUGUAAGGAUGAGGGUGGCUUCUGAGGUGAGAUAGGGAUUUUGGUGAGUGGCAUUCUCCACGACCCGAGGCUUCGGAGCUGCAAAACAUGGUCAUCACCACCUUCUCCACCUCAAGUCGUGUCUCCGCGCUCUCUCCCCGUUCUUCCGCCGCUCUCAUCUCGGGCCACCGUCGCAUGCCCGAAGUCCUGACCUGCCUCGCUAAAUUAAGCCUGCACCACCAUGCCGAGGGAAGAAAAACUAGAAGAGGGGUAUUUUUAGUGCCAUUAAUUUUGACCACGUGCCCCGAAGGUAAACCCGAUGGCCACUGCGCAAAGGCUCCUCAUCAGUAUGUCCUGCGAGGCCAACGCGCAACACUGGCCAAGGACUGCCGUUCUGCUCUUGGGAUUGCUCCUAGUUGGGAUUGUGUCCUCCAGUCCGCUUCCGAGUAGGACUAAUAGGACAACUUUACUGGAGAAGCGAUGGGAGAGCCUCUUCUCCCGCUCCGUGCUGGGGAUCUCUGGAGAGAGACCAGAGGCGAACUGGGAGAAUGACUAUUUGCUGGGCAUCAAAAGAGUGCGGAGGCUGUACUGCAAUGUAGGCAUCGGGUUUCAUCUUCAGGUCCUCCCAGACGGCAAGAUAAACGGUGUACAUAAUGAGAACCAGUACAGUCUCAUAGAGAUCUCCACUGUGACCAGAGGAGUGGUUAGCCUGUACGGUGUGAAAAGCAAGCUGUUUGUCGCAAUGAAUAACAGAGGAAGGCUGUACGGAACGGCUACCUUUAAAGACGAAUGCAAGUUCAAGGAGACCCUGCUGCCAAAUAACUACAAUGCCUACGAGUCCUCCGUUUACAAGGGAUUCUAUGUCGCUCUCAACAAACACGGCCGAGUGAAGCGAGGCAACAAGGCCACCACCGCCAUGACGGUCACCCACUUCCUCCCGCGAAUAUGAGCAGACUUUUGCAAUAAUUCUUCAUUUGCACUGAUCUCCCCGAGAGAUCUGAAAACUGUCACACAAACAUACAAGGAACUGCAAGAAUAUCACCAAAAUAGUACUACUUCUUUUUUUAUGUGUAUAUUUGGAUAGGUCAGCUUUUUAUUAGGAUCUCUGAAUAUGCUAUCCGUGGCUGCUUACUUCUUUUAUUUAUAUAUAUUAUUGGUUAUGGAUGUGGAGGCUCUCCCAGCCUUCCUUUCUGUAAUCAGGUGCUUGCCAAGAAUCAAACAGACUCUAGGAUGGAUGAUGGAAGUCCUCCUCAGCUUUUUAUAGUGAAAUUAUGUUUUUUAUUACCUCAAAGAGCUACCUAGAUGGUUUAAAAGGAUGCAUGAAGUUACGCUUGUUAUUUUUAGUUCUGUCUGAGCCGACACAAGCAUAACAAGUCUUUAUUUUUUUAUCUUUGACUUUAUUUUCUUUCUGUUUUUCUCAUGCUGUGGGAUUGUGUGAGCACUUAUAAGGAAGCAGAUCACUCUUGCUGCAUGUCACGAUGAGGUGCCUUGGCAUUCCCACACAGCGCCCCUUUAACAUGCAUGCUCUGAACGCCCCGGGGCGUCAGAAAUAGGGCUGAUAUGUUAGCCAGGGCCCCGCGGGGACUGUCCCACAAGGGCCCCAGAGAGGGGCGAGGGGGAUGGGUGUGCAUCUCUGCUUUAUUUUACGUUUCUCUAAUUAGAGAACGCUGUAUGAGACGCGAGAGCGGCUCGUAAACACUGAUCAUCUCUGGCCUUCGGCAUCAUCUGCUGUCGACUCAGAAAUGAGGUGUAACUUUAGCCCCUUUCA